AUUGGUUUAUAAAAUAAAUAAAUAAAAUGACAGGACAAGUCUUAUAUUGUACACUUAGAAAGGACGGACGGGUGAAUGAAAGCUGCAUGUUUUUCUUGAGAAACCAUUCCACACAGAUUCCGGUCAAUUCAAAAAUCUCCUCCCACCUCUCUCUCUCUCUCUCUGACGGGACCAACCAUAAGACCUCAAGAACAUAAACGCAGAAACAGAGUCGCUUCUUGUUCCAAGACCAUUAUUUCCCACAACCCAAAUCCAAUUUCCCAAGAAACUCUCCAGAACCAGCAGAACCAGACAAAACACAAAGUCCAUCUUCCUCUUCUUCUUCUUCAAAGUAUCCAAAUCCUUGUAUAUAUAUAUAUACGGUCACACACAGAGAAACAAAGACAGAGCAAGACCCAUCAAAAACCCAGAAACAGGAGACCAGAAAGAUGAUGUCUUUUUCACUUUCUACGCUUGCCCUUCUAAUGCCGUACCUUGUCUCUGCAUUGCUUCUUCUUCUUCUUCUCGAGCAACUCUCCUAUCUUCUCAAGAAACGUCACCUUCCCGGACCAUUCUUCGUCCCUCCCAUCAUCGGAAACGUACUUCCCCUCGUCCGUGACCCUACUUCUUUCUGGGACAAACAGUCUGCGGCGGCGGAAUCCGCCGGAAUCUGCGCCAAUUACCUCAUCGGAAAAUUCAUUGUCUACAUCAGAGACACCGAGCUCUCCCACCAAAUCUUCUCCAAUGUCCGUCCCGAUGCUUUCUUCCUCGUCGGACAUCCCUUCGGCAAGCGGCUCUUCGGCGAACACAACCUUAUUUACAUGUUCGGAGAAGAUCACAAAUCCAUUCGCCGUCAGAUCGCCCCUAACUUCACUCCCAAGGCUCUCUCAACGUACUCCGAUCUUCAGCAAAUCGUCAUUCUCCGCCAUCUCCGGCGGUGGGAGGAGCUCUCCCGCGGCGGAGGAGCGGUGGCGCUGCGGCAGCUCGUCCGCGAUCUCAACCUCGAGACCUCCCAGACGGUUUUCGCCGGACCGUACCUCGACCAAAAGGCGAGGGAAAAGUUCCGUACUGACUACAAUCUCUUCAACGUAGGAACCAUGGCGCUUCCGGUCGAUUUCCCGGGAUUUGCCUUCGGCAAGGCUCGCCGUGCUGUUACGCGGCUCGCGAAGACGCUCGCGGUUUGCGCGGAGAAGAGCAAGGCGAGGAUGGCGAUGGGGAAGGAUCCGUCGUGCCUGAUCGAUUUCUGGAUGUCGGAGAUCGUGAGGGAGAUCGCCGCUGGUAACCCUCCGCCGCCGCACUCCGCCGACGAAGAGAUCGGCGGUUUUCUCUUCGACUUCCUCUUCGCCGCACAGGAUGCGUCCACGUCAUCACUCCUCUGGGCCGUCGCUCUCCUCGACUCGCACCCGGAUGUCCUGGAGAAAGUCCGGCAAGAAGUCGCCGGAAUCUGGUCUCCGGAGUCGGACUCUCUGAUAACCGCCGAUCAGAUCGUGGAGAUGAAGUACACGCGUGCGGUGGCGCGUGAGGUCAUAAGAUACCGACCUCCGGCGACACUUGUCCCUCACAUAGCGAUGAGGGAUUUCCAAUUGACCGACAAUUAUACCAUCCCGAAGGGCACAAUCGUCUUUCCAUCAGUAUUCGACUCGUCAUUCCAGGGGUUUACCGAACCGGACCGGUUCGACCCGGAUCGGUUUAGCGAGUCGAGACAAGAGGACCAAUUGUUCAAGAGGAACUUCUUGGCGUUCGGAUGGGGCCCGCACCAGUGCGUGGGCCAACGCUACGCACUCAACCAUCUCGUCCUCUUCAUCUCCAUGUUUUCUACACUGUUGGAUUUCAAGAGGAUCCGAUCCGACGGCUGUGAUGAGAUCGUGUAUUGCCCCACGAUCUCCCCUAAGGACGGGUGUACGGUAUCUCUCACUGGACGCGUCGCAAGAUUUCCUAAUCUCUCUUGAAUUGCCGGGAAUGCCCCUCUGGUUUACUCAAAAGGGUACUUUUGUCAUUUAAGUGUUUCUCGAAGACAGAAUCCCAGUGUGGUGUGAUUUGGGGGGUGGAAGAUGAUGAUUUAUUUUAUAAAUGAUGUGAUUUUUUUAAUGAUCUUGUCAAAUGUCCUUGUGUUCUUUUAAGGGUACAAUUAGCCCAUGAACUGUAUUAGAAAUAUGUUAUUAUUGUGACUAAAAAAUAAUGGAAAUGAAUGUUCAAUAAUAAGGUUCGGUUCUGAAAAUUA